AUGUACAAAGAAGCCGGAGUAGGAGGCAAGGGCGGUCUGCUUAUUGGCGUGUUCUGGGCCCAGAUCGUAUUGAGUAUCGCUUUGAUUGGUCUCAGGAUUUACACACGUUCAUUUAUUCGAGGGUCUGUUGGGUGGGACGAUGUCUCUCUCAUUUUGACGCUGGUCCUCAACACUGGGUUCACCGUGUUUACGACCGUUGCGGCAGUUCAUGGCAUGGGGCAGCAUUUUGAAGACCUCGAGGUUCCGCAGUUUGCGCAUGCGAUGCUGUACAUUCUCAUCGGGCAGGUCUUUGUUUCUUUCGCUACGGGGAUGGGUAAGGUGUCUGUCGCCAUGUUUUUACUUCGCAUUGUCAUGAAGCCCUGGCAUCGCUGGUUUCUCUGGUUUUGCGCUGUGUCGAUGAUGAUCAUGAGUAUUUUCCUGGGUGUCACCGUCUUCGCCCAGUGUACCCCGGCCGAAUCUAUCUGGAACCCCGAGCUAGCCGAUCAGAGGGUCUGUCAUCUGAGCCUGACUAUCGUUGCUAUCACGUACUGCUCCUAUGCUGCUGCCAUGGACUUUAUCCUAGCUGGUUUCCCAUGGAUUGCCCUUCACGGGCUCAACAUGAAGCCCAAAGAGCGACGUACCAUCUGCUUAUCACUCAGCAUGGGCGUCUUAGCUGGUAUCUGUGGAGUCUUUAGAACAACAGGAUUAACGUCUCUGAGCAACUCACAAGAUUAUCUCUACGCUAUUUCUGACUCGGCCAUCUGGACCGCUAGCGAAGUCACAGCCACCAUCGUCUGCCUCACCCUCCCAGCCCUGCGCCCACUGUACAAGAAGAUCCGAAACCAAGAAUCGAGUUCCGCAGGCUAUCAACAGCACGACGACUCAAUUUACGCAAAUAGCUCCGCUUAUCCUCUUGCUUCUCUUCGAGGCAACAUAGCUGAUGACGGGAAGGGAAGCAACCUGACGAAGAUUGAAGCGAGCAUACUAGCUAGUAAAAACGAUAGUGACGAGGCAAUACUUCUCCAGGGCUCUACUAAGGGUAAUAUUAUGAGGACUCAGGAGGUUAGCAUCUCGUAUAGAGAAACAGGAUUGGAAGGGAAAGCUACUUCCCGGGACGGUGUCUGA